AUGGAAAUACCAAACAACGAUACCAAUGACAACCCAGAUAAAAAAUAUAAACAGUUGUUUCCUUACAUGCUAGCAGAUACAUUUCGAAUGUUAAUUUGUGGAAACAGUGGAAGUGGAAAAACUAAUCUGUUGUACCAUAUGUUAAUUAAACCACUGUUGUACUAUGAUGAGAUUUAUCUUUACGCGCGUAAUCUAGAACAGGAUAACUAUCAAAAGUUAAUUCAGAAAAUGAGGGAGUUAAGUAGUAAACUAGGUUAUGAAAUACUUCAUGUGAGUAAUGAUGAAAUAACCCCAGUGACAGAAAUGGAUUAUGAAGACAAUCAAAAACUUGUGAUAUUCGAUGACUACGUUUGUCAUAAAAACCAGAGACAGUUAAUAGAUUAUUUCAUCCAAGGACGACAUAAGAAUUGCUCUGUAAUUUAUCUAAGUCAAUCUUUUUAUAAAACACCUGAAGAUAUUCGAUUGAAUUGUUCUCACUACUGCCUUUAUGAAUUUCCAUCAUCGAGGGAAGCAGACAGAAUAUCAUCUGAGUUGGGAGUUAAUAAAGAAGAUUAUAAAGCAGCAACUAAAAAACCUUAUUCAUUUCUAUACGUUGAUAAACCAAAAAAACGUAUUGCAAAAAACUUUACUGGUAAUCUAGCCUAA